GCGGUUCGCUUAGUUACGCGAGAAAAUGGCUGCCACCAGUUUGGUUGUUUUCUGCAGAAGAGUCUCGGCCGCCCUGAAGGCGUCCAGGUCGUUAAUACGUCCUCAGGCCCCUGCUAGCACAGGUUGCAGGUUUUCUCUUAGUCUAUUGACUGAGAAUACACCAAAUGUCACAUCUUUUCACCAGUGUAGAUUACUUCAUACCACAUUGUCUAGGAGAGGACUGGAAGAAUUUUUUGAUGACCCAAAGAAUUGGGGGGAAGAAAAAGUGAAAUCUGGAGCUUCAUGGACCUGUCAGCAAUUAAGGAACAAAAGUAAUGAAGAUUUACAUAAACUUUGGUAUGUUCUCCUGAAAGAAAGAAACAUGCUCCUAACUCUAGAGCAGGAGGCAAAGCGGCAGAGAUUACCAAUGCCAAGUCCAGAGCGAUUAGAAAAGGUAGUGGAUUCCAUGGAUGCAUUAGAUAAAGUUGUCCAGGAAAGGGAAGAUGCACUCAGACUUCUUCAGACUGGUCAAGAAAAAGCUAUACCUGGUGCUUGGAGAAGAGACAUCUUUGGAAGAAUCAUCUGGCACAAGUUCAAGCAGUGGCCUAUACCUUGGUACCUAAAUGAAAGAUACAAUAAGAAACGAUUCUUUGCAAUGCCUUACGUGGAACGUUUCAUCAGUUCGCUGGAGAUCCUUCACGAACAGCUUCCUGAGUGCCAAGAGCAAGUGCUAGGUUAACAGAGUUCACAACACGGGGGUGGGGAGCUGGAGAUAAAUCCCAGAAAUAAAAUUCAAUCAUCACUUACUUUUGAUGCAAUCAUAUAUGGAGGAAUCAGUUCUAUAUUCAUUUCUUGGAAGAGUUCUCUGCACUGCAUAGUAAUAAAGUCUCCAGCAAGAGGGGAUUUUACAAUGCCUAUGAAACAGAUUAAACAAGGCUAAGAAAGCAUUCCAUCAUAACUCCUUGGGACAAAUUUCCUCUGUGUACCUAUACAUGAUCAAUUGUUUUCAAGUAGAAUUAACAGAACUAUCCCUCCAAACAUGAAUGAAACUAUGCAACAGCUUUAA